AUGAAUGAUUUGAGGAUUAAUGUGUACGGUAUAGAGUCAAAAGAAAAUGAAGAAGAUCCUAGUAUCAUUGUCCCUCUGUACUUGAGUACAAAUCUUGAGUGUCAGAAAGAUGCUAUUCAUUUGCUCAUGAUCGAAACAAACUGGACAUUAAACAAAGAUGAUAGUAUUGAAAAUCACAGACCUAUAUUUCAUUUUGCGUGGAUACGAAAUAUUUCAAGAUUAGUAGGAAAUACUGUUAAAAAGGGGCAUUGGAAGGUAUUCUUCUGUGAUCGUUGUCUUUGUCAUUUCAAACAAGAGGCAUCAUUCCAGAGACAUCAGUCUGAUUGUCUCCAGUAUAACAAAGUCAGAAUGACUCUACCCACCGAAAAAAACAAAAUAUUAUCAUUCAGAGAUCAUAAAUACAAAGAUCCAGUAUCGUUUGUUGUAUACGCGGAUCUUGAAAGCGUCCUGGAGGAGGAAACAGAAGAUAUUCAAAAGCAUACACCUCACAGUAUAGCUUUUUAUUUACAUUGCAGUUAUGACAAUUCACUGUCCAAGUUCAAUUUAAAUCGUUCAGAAGAAUGUAUUAAGUGGUUUGUACAAGAACUUGAAUCUAUAAGCCAUCAAGUCAGUAGUUAUUUAAGAAAUCCAAAACCUCUACCAAAGUUGACUGAUGAAGAACAAAAGUCAGUUAAUGAAGCAGUGAAUUGUCAUAUCUGUAAUAAGCCAUUUAAAUCUGCCAAUGAUAAGAAAGUGAGAGAUCACUGUCACUUCACCGGGAAAUUUAGAGGAGCUGCUUAUAACUCCUGUAACUUAAAUUUUCAACAAAGUCACAUUAUUCCAAUAGUUUUUCAUAAUUUAUCCGGCUAUGACUGUCACUUUAUCUUAGAGUCUGUAGCGACAGUUUUCAAUGGUUCACUAGAAAUAUUACCGAUUAAUAAAGAAAAGUACAUUGCAUUUACUAAAACUGUAGACGAUACCAGCAUUCAUCUUAGAUUUAUCGACUCAUUUAGAUUCAUGGCAUCGAGUAUUGACAAACUUUCAUCUUACUUGACUGACGAUGACAUGAAAAUCACACGACAGUUUUGUUCUGACCCGGAACAACUUAAACUUGUAACAAGCAAAGGAAUCUUUCCUUAUGAAUACAUAGACUGUUUAGAAAAAUUAGACGAGACUGAACUACCAGACAAACAAGCUUUUUACUCUCGACUGAAUGACAAGCACAUCAGUGACGAAGACUACUCGUUUGCCCAAACAGUAUGGAGUAAAUUCAAUAUACAGACUCUCGGUGAAUACUCCGAUCUCUAUCUGAAAACAGAUGUCUUAUUAUUGGCAGAUAUCUUUGAAAAUUUCCGUGCAAGUUGUUACAAAACUUAUGAAUUAGACGCUCUACAUUAUUAUACUGCUCCAGGACUUGCUUUUUCCGCCAUGCUCAAACAUACAGGGGUACAACUUGAGCUAUUACUAGAUCCCGAAAAGAUACUGUUUUUUGAGAAAGGUCUCCGUGGUGGAGUAUCUCAAUGCACCAAUCGAUAUGCCAAGGCCAACAACCGUUACAUGGGUGAAGACUUCAAUCCAGAAGAAGAUGAGUCCUACAUCAUGUAUCUGGACGUAAACAACCUCUACGGAGCUGCAAUGAGCAUGUCUCUUCCUCAAGGCUCCUUCGAGUGGGAGAAAAAUAUCACAGAGGAGAAUAUUUCAUCAAUAUUCAACUCUAAUGAAUCCUGA